AUGGAUCCAUCCAAAAUGGAAGAUACUAAGGGAGACCUUACCACUGUGCCCUCUCAAAUUGAUCUCAACCAUGACGAUGUCUUCGGAGAGCUGAGAGAAGAUGGUCCCAAUUAUCGCAAUGUGCGCGCGAUCUUCUAUAUUCCGAACAAUUGGCUUUUUGAACUAAUUGGCAUUCAGGUCGGAUUCACAGGAACCGUCAUCUUGAUGAUGAAAACCCAGAUUGGCCUAGGUGUGCUUGCAAUUCCAUCUGCACUGGAUGUCCUCGGUAUGGUACCUGGCAUUAUCUGCUUGGUUGCAAUGGCUGUGAUCACUACCUGGUCAGGAUAUGUCAUCGGCACAUUCAAGCUUCGGCAUCGUGAGGUGUAUAGCAUUGAUGAUGCUGGAGCCAUCAUCCUCGGGUUACCAGGUCGAGCAUUUCUGGCAACUGGGUUUUGUCUCUACUACGUUUUCAACAGUGCCUCUGCAAUCCUCAGUCUUUCAAUUGGCUUGAAUGCGGUUUCUUCGCAUGCUACCUGUACCGCCGUGUUUGCCGCGGUUGCCGCGAUUCUCGGAUGUGCGAUGAGCAGCAUCCGAACCUUGGGUCGUAUCACGUGGCUUGCAUGGAUUGGAUUGCCCUGUAUUCUUGCUGCUAUCAUCAUAGUCACCGUCGCAGUUGGGUUGGAGGAUCGACCGUCCAGUGCACCAAAGACAGAUGGCCCUUGGAUACCUGAUUGGAAAGUAGUAGGCAACCCUACAUUUGCUCAAGGAAUCGCAGCAGCCUCAAACCUGCUAUUUGCAUUUUCCGGAACACCUGCUAAUUCCGAGCAUGAAGGGUUCUUCUCAAUUGUGUCUGAGAUGCGUGACCCUCGCCAGUAUACCUCAGCCAUGUUAACCUGCCAAGCGGGCGUAACAGCUAUUUAUGCGGUGAUCGGAUGUGUCAUUUACUACUAUUGCGGCACUUAUGUGUCUUCUCCUGCUCUUGGAUCAGCCGGCGGCACCAUCAAGAUCAUCAGCUAUGCAUUUGCCAUACCCGGAUUAUUUGUUUCAAUGACGAUCGUAACCCAUAUCCCAGCCAAAUUCAUAUUCGUUCACGCACUGCGAGGCUCUCGGCACCUCACCAGCAAUACGCCAACACACUGGAUCAGUUGGCUCAGCUGCACCUUUGGCAUAACAGUCAUUGCAUGGAUUAUUGCUAGCACAAUCCCAGCUUUUGAUGCCUUGGUUUCUCUUAUCGGCGCAUUGCUUGGUCCCGUCAUGUGCAUGCAACCGAUGGGGGCUAUGUGGCUUUACGAUAAUUGGCGAAAAACCGAUGAUCGGAAAAGGACUGUUGGUUGGGUAGCUGCUGGUGUUUGGAGUGUUGCUUUGAUUGUCCUGGGAACAUUCUUGAUGGUGGCCGGAACGUAUGGGUCUGUAAUGGGUAUCAUCGACGCUUACAGCAAAAGUGGGGGCUCGGCUGCUUUCUCCUGCGCUGACAACUCUAACUCUGUAUGA